CUACACAAUCGGCCAUUUCGUCGGUUUAGGCCAUCAGCCGUAGAGGGCAGUGGGGAUAUAUCAAGUGUACUGGUUACCUGAAAGACACAUCAAGAACAUCGCAACAUGAAUGAGCAGGCAAUUUCAUUCGCUAAGGAUUUCCUGGCUGGUGGCAUCUCCGCGGCCAUCUCUAAAACAGCCGUCGCCCCAAUCGAGAGAGUGAAGCUUCUCCUUCAGGUCCAGCAUGCCAGUAAGCAGAUCACGGCAGAUAAGCAUUACAAGGGUAUCAUAGACUGCGUUGUCCGUAUCCCCAAGGAGCAGGGGUUCCUUUCCUUCUGGAGAGGUAACCUUGCCAAUGUCAUCAGAUAUUUCCCCACCCAGGCCCUCAACUUCGCCUUCAAGGACAAGUACAAGAAGAUCUUCCUUGAUGGCGUCGACAAGCGCACCCAGUUCUGGAGGUACUUCGCCGGUAACCUGGCCUCUGGUGGCGCUGCCGGAGCCACCUCUCUCUGCUUCGUGUACCCCCUCGACUUCGCCCGUACCCGUCUGGCCGCUGAUGUGGGAAAGGCUGGAGCCGAAAGAGAGUUCACCGGUCUGGGAAACUGCCUGGUGAAGAUCACCAAGUCUGAUGGCAUCAGGGGGCUGUACCAGGGUUUCAAUGUGUCAGUGCAGGGCAUCAUCAUCUACAGGGCUGCAUACUUUGGCAUCUAUGACACAGCUAAGGGUAUGCUUCCAGACCCCAAGAACACCCACAUCCUGGUGAGCUGGAUGAUUGCACAGACUGUGACAGCUGUUGCUGGCCUGACCUCAUACCCCUUCGACACUGUCCGUAGACGUAUGAUGAUGCAGUCCGGACGCAAAGGAGCCGACAUCAUGUACAGUGGGACCAUUGACUGCUGGCGCAAGAUCGCACGUGAUGAGGGAGGCAAGGCUUUCUUCAAGGGAGCCUGGUCCAAUGUGCUUAGAGGCAUGGGUGGCGCCUUCGUGCUGGUGUUGUACGAUGAGCUGAAGAAAAUUAUGUAAUUCGUCAUACUGUCACAUCACUGUCCAAUUUGGCUAAAUGUAAUAACUCUCCAUUUCUAUGGACUCUGCAUUCUGCCUUAUUUAUGGGAACAAACUAUAGUGUCUCACCCCUAGCUGUGGGCGAUGGCUGUACGUUGUGCAUCUUUGAUUUUAAACGUUCCACAUCCUCUUUACCAAUGUCAUUCCUGUUAAAGAAAUCUGAUACCUCCUCCUGUCAUUCACUAGGUUUGUAUGGUCCCAACUUGAAUAAAUUUAUUCUGGGGAACAAACUAAAA